CAUCCCAGCCAUUGCUUCUCCACCUGCUCCAUAGAGAAGGGAAGAUGAGCGAGUCAAGUUCGAAGUCCAGCCAGCCCUUGGCCUCCAAGCAGGAAAAGGAUGGCACUGAGAAGCGAGGGCGGGGCAGGCCUCGUAAGCAGCCUCCGGUGAGUCCCGGGACAACGCUGGUAGGGAGUCAGAAGGAACCCAGUGAAGUGCCAACACCUAAGAGACCUCGGGGCCGACCAAAGGGGAGCAAAAACAAGGGCGCUGCCAAGACCCGGAAAACCACCACGACUCCAGGGAGGAAACCAAGGGGCAGGCCCAAAAAACUGGAGAAGGAGGAAGAAGAGGGCAUCUCGCAGGAGUCCUCAGAGGAGGAGCAGUGACCGCGCCGUGCCACCUGCUUCCUCAUCGAGGAGCAGUUUCCUUCUGGGACUGGACAGCUCCGCUCCCACUGCCCCCCUGCCCCUUCCCCCAGGCCCACACAUCACCGCCACCUACCUGCGCCUGCACCGCCACACUACACAGCACACCAGCCGCUGCAGGGCCCUGGUGGCCCAGGUGGGGAGCAGUUUUCCUUUGGUCUCGGAUCCCAGCGACCCCUCCCUCACCCACGUGCACACACUUGCCCUCCCAAAGCCGACUUCCCACUUAGCCGCACCCUGCACCUGCUGCGUCCCCACUCUCAGUGGUAGGGACAUUGCUGACUGGGCUCUUGGUUUGGGGGUCCUUUCUCCCCCACUCUUCCCUCUGGCAUCCAUUAAGGGGCCUGGGAGGGCUCCCUGGCCUUAAAAGGGGCCCAAGCCCCAUCAUUCUGACAUGCCCACUCCAUUGUACUGGCAGCAGCAGCAGGAGCAGGUGUGGCCAAUGGAUAGGGCUGCUUGGCCCCAAGAUGCUCCCAACCAACCUGUCUCUCACCAGGUGCAGCUCACACCCACUUUUCUUCCUUCCCCACCUUGCCUAGUCCCUGCACUAGGUUAGCAGCCCCCUUGGGGCACAGGAAGAAAGGCAGGAGGGAUUGAGCCCCCUACCCCAUCUGCUUCCACUCUAGGCCUCAUUUCCCUUUUCCUCACAUGGGGCACUACUAAGGAGCUAGCCUUGCCCACUCCCACCCUUCUGCUCCUCCCCACCCCCCAAGGUUCUGGUUCCAUCUUUCCUCUGUUCACAAACUACCUCUGGACAGUUGUGUUGUUUUUUGUUCAACGUUUCAUUCUUAGACAUCUGUCAUUGCUGCUGCUACCAGCGCCAAAUGUUCAUCCUCAUUGCCUCCUGUUCUGCCCACAUUCCCCUCCUCCAAGAUAUUCUUAGGGGAUGGGGCCUGGAGCAAAGCAGGCUGGGUUACCGACUACCCCAGUCCCAGGGAAGGUGGGGCCCUGCCCCUAGGAUGCUGCAGCAGAGUGAGCAGGGGGGGGACCUGUGUUGACCGUCGAAGUGUAGGGGCCACCUUCUCCCCCUGUUCUGCCAGGGAGGAGGUAGCCAUUAUUUGUCCCAGCCUGGGGCUCCCCCCCUCUGGUUUCCUAUUUGCAGUUACUUGAAUAAAAAAAAAUAUCCUUUUC